GCAGUCUCAGAGAAUCGCACACUGUUUCUUCACUCGUCAUGUGUCUCGUCCUUUGCUCUCUUCUGUCCUCUGUAUUUCUCACCGUUGCUGCUCCUGUAGGACUUUAUCCAACUUCUCCUUCUCUUCCUGUCCUGUUGUUCCUCAGUAAAGUUCUGCACAGCUCUCAGACAGGAAGUGAUGUCACACAGGAAGCUGGAUGUUGUGAGGUCGUGAGGCCGGGAGGUCACUCGAGUGGUGGCGGCGGCCUUCACGAGGACUUCCAUCAGUCAUAUGUGGAAGUGUGUCCUCUGGGUCAGUUUCCAUGUGGGAACCUUUCGGUGUGUUUGGCUCAACCGAAACACUGCAACGGCCAACAGGACUGUCCGAACGGAGCUGAUGAGGAGAACUGUGUGGAUAACAGCGGUUGGCCGCACCUGUUUGAUGCCUUCAUGAAAACUAGAGUUCAGGAACCGAAGGAGUGCAUGCUGGACGUGUACCCCGAUGUGUGUUACUGUGAAGGAUGGAAGGUGAACUGCAACAAUAAGAACCUACACCACAUUCCGCCAAUCUCAUCUAAUGUCACUGCACUAGAGCUGAACAGUAACGACCUCGUAUCCCUCCAUCCUGAUCUGUUCAUCCGCUACAGAUACCUUGAGAGACUGCAUUUAGAAAACAACAAUAUUGAGACAAUCUCUAAGAGAGCUUUCUCUGGCCUCUUCUCUCUGCGAAAACUAUUUCUGAGUCAGAACAGAAUCUCAUCCCUGAAAGCAGGAUCCUUCACUGACCUCAACAGUCUUGAGUGGCUGAUCCUGGAUGAGAACAGAAUCACAUUUUUACGUCAGAAGUCUUUUGAAGGACUCAAGUCUUUAUUCUUCUUGUCUCUGUUAAAUAACUCUGUAGAACAGCUACCCAAAACCUCUCUCUGCCUCGAGAUGCCCCACCUCAACUGGUUGGAGUUAGAAGGUAACCGAAUUUCAUCUUUGUUGUCAUCCACUUUUAAGAACUGCACAUCACUGACAGUCCUGGCUUUAAGGAGAAACCGCAUCAGUGCUAUCGAAGAUGGAACAUUCUCAAGCAUGCAUCAACUUAUAGACCUUGAUCUGUCCAUCAAUCAGAUUUUGGAUCUUCCUCCAUCUCUGUUUCACAGCCUUCAGAACGUCCGACAGCUAAACAUAUCCAACAACCCCCUGACGCAUGUGUAUGAGGACCAGUUUGACAGUUUCAUCAAUCUCCAAUCGCUGAGUAUGGAGGAGGUGGAAAUUCCCAACAUCAGCAUCCGCAUGUUUCACUUCCUCGGCAACCUGUCCCACAUCUAUUUUAAACGUUUCGAGUACUGCACCUAUUCCCCGAACGUGCGGAGCUGCAAGCCGAACACCGACGGCAUCUCGUCCUUCGAGAACCUGCUGGCUAACAUCAUCCUGCGCGUGUUCGUUUGGGUCGUGGCCUUCAUUAUCUGUUUCGGGAACGUGUUUGUGAUCUGUCUGCGUUCCUGCGUUGCUUCGGAGAAUGAGCAUCACACGAUGGCCAUCAAAUCGCUCUGCUGUGCAGACUGUCUGAUGGGCGUGUACCUUUUCUUCAUCGGCGCUUUCGAUGUGAAAUACUGUGGGGAGUAUAACCGCCACGCCCACGUCUGGAUGGAGAGCCUGUCCUGUCAGCUGAUUGGCUCCCUGGCACUGCUCUCCACCGAGGUGUCGGUGAUGAUGCUGACGUAUAUGACACUGGAGAAGUACGUGUGCAUCGUCUUCCCGUUCCAUCAUUACCGCUCCGGACGCAAGCGCACGCUCUGCUCGCUCUCCUCCAUCUGGGCUUUUGGCUUCGUCCUGGCACUUGCCCCGUUCUGCGACAGACACACGUUUGGGAACUUCUACGGCCGCAACGGGGUGUGUUUCCCGCUGCACUCGGACCAGGCGGAGAAGCCGGGGGCUCGCUGCUACUCCACCAGCAUCUUCCUGGGUCUGAACCUGUUUGCGUUCAUCCUGAUCGUCUUCUCCUACUCCAGCAUGUUCUACUCUAUCCAGAAAACCGCCAAGUCCGCCAGACAGACAAGUUUUGACCUCGAGGUGUCCGUGGCCAAGCGGUUCUUCUUCAUUGUCUUUACUGACGCCAUCUGCUGGAUCCCCAUCUUCCUGCUCAAGAUCCUCUCGCUACUGCAAGUGCAGAUCACCGGAACACUUAUCCUGUGGGUGGUGAUCUUCAUUCUGCCCAUCAACAGCGCUCUGAACCCGAUCCUCUACACCAUCACCACCAGCGCCUUCCAGGAGCGCCUCCGAGUGUGUGUGCGCUUCCGCUGUGUGGACAACCAUUAACACACACACACACACACACACACACACACAAAGCCAUAAUCAGAGCUGUCUUCAGGUCGAGGUUUGAUCAAAAACCAUCAGGAGACUUUGUGAGGUUUGGAUUCUUUAUGACGCGUUACAAACCUUUUAUUUUCAACUCUGAGCAUCAAUCCAGCAAUCAGAAUCGCUCUCACACACAUUCAUACACACUCGCACAGCAGAAUUAUAGCAUCCAGUUUGACAAGCUCGCAGAAAUAAAACAGUAUAAUUUCACAAUGUUAACAUUAUAUUAUUAUAUCUAGAAAUAAUUAAGCUCAUUAAAAUGUUCGGCUCUAGUCACAGGAAAUAGAGUAUUUUGUGUUCAGAUUCUAAUCCCACCCCCUGAUUCUGAUUGAUUUAAGCAUUAAGUGACCCCCAGUGUGCUAAUUGGUGGAUUGCUUAAUGUGUGAUAAUUAUUGUUUUAUUUCUCUUUUCAUCUUUGCAAGCGACCCAUUUGUAAAUA